AUGGCUACCCCGGAGGAGUACUACGAACCAGUGGUGAAAAAGGAAAACAAAAUCGAAUACGUCGAUAACCUAUAUUUGUCAAAGAAUAUAUUGAAUAACAGAGAAAAUGCAUUGAAUUAUUUUUACACUUCUCCAUUUUACACAAGUAGAAGUCAUCUCUCGUUAAAUGAAAAAAUACGAGUAGGAAGAAUAAUCAGCGAUGAGGAAGAGGGCUAUUUAUUUGACAUCACCUACGACAAUUUAUCUGUUUUAAAAACGAAUGAGCCGCAAGAUUUGGUCAGCAUACACAUUUAUUACAACACAAAUUCCAUUUUUCACAUUUCCCUAACGAAUAUAUAUAAAGUGAAAAAUAUUAUGUGCAAAAAAGUUAUUCAAAUGUUUUGUAUUUUAAAUGGCAAAAUCUACAGUUCUCGAUCUUUUGGGGAAUUACUAAACAAUAAAAUUGCCAACAUUGUGCGAAAUGUGGAAAAGUUUUACGACUGUGUUAAUAACAUGAUGAACUUUAACAUUACGUCUAACUACAAUUUUGAGAGGAAGACGGAUGAGCAGUUGGACAACCAGCAUAUGAAUUACCGCCUCGAGGACGUGUACAUUUCCACCAAAAAGAAAAAAACAGGCUAG